UUCUUUUUGUUUUCCAUCAAAAACCCUAUCUAUAGCUCCCUCCCUACAAACUCUUGAUUUGCUAGCCAUCAUGAACAAUAACAUUCAGAGAGACAACCUAACCAUUGAGGGUAACAACAUCGGUACUCUAGGGUUUCGUUGUUUUUACUGUUCGCAAAAAUAUCUAAGUAGCCACGCUCUCGCAGGGCAUCAAAAAGCUCAUGUGAGGGAUCCCAAAUGGGUGAAAGACACCCGCCAUGAACGGGUGUUCAUCCCUUUAUCCGAAAACCAUCAUUAUGCUUGCAAAAAAAGGGUCAUCCCGACAGAUGUCCCCGAGAGAGCCCCGCCAAACCCGAAUAUUGGUAUGCCUUGGAUCCCAACAUUUGUGCGGUUUUAUGCACCCUAUACCAGGAUGAUUCCUGCUCCAAAUUAUCGUCCUUUGGGACAAAUUUACCUUCCACAUAGAACCGCGCAGAUCACAUAUCCGGGUUGCCCUCCGGGUUUUAAUCCGUCGUAUCGUGGAGUUCCGGAUUCAUCCUCUACCGCCAACAGCGCGGACUUUAUGAAUAAGUACAUGAGGAAAGGAACAGGGUUUGUGAUUAACCGCCAACCAGUUCAAGUGAAGCGAAAAUUUGAAGAAAUUGAUUUGGAGCUUCGGCUUUGA